CGUUUGUGUUACACAUUUUUCUUUUUUAACAAACAUUAUCGAUAAACUUAAGGCUACUAAUCGAGAAACUGUUCAGGUCUUAUAAGAUAUAGACUUCUAGAGUCACAAUUCACAAAGCUUCAGUUAGCGCGUUUUCUUCUUAUUGCAGUUAGAUUCAAUAUGGAUCUUGCUUCUUCUAUAUUUUGCUUCCUUCUAUCUGUUUUUAUGAUGUUAGUUCAGGCAAAUGGAAGAAAUAAUUCGACUUGUCCAAAGUCGUUUUCAUGUGGAAAUUUUACUGACCUGAGAUUUCCUUUCUCUCUUUCCACACAACCUGACUGUGGAAUAAUGUUCUUAUCUGGUUGUGAUGCUAAACCAUAUCCGAGAAUCCGACUGCUUCCUGAGGGAGAUUGGUACUAUGCUUUAGAGAUGCAUAAUUCAUCAGUUUGGCUUGGGGACACGAAGCUUCAAACAACGUUGACGAAACACAAGUGCCAGGCUUUUAACAAAAAUUUCUCCCUUCCAUACUCUCCUUUUAUGUCUUUCCAUAUGAUUAAUAUAAUAAGCUUCUACAAAUGCAUCAGUACCAGUAAUAAUACCCGUAACAUUACGCAGAAGAAGAACGAUCAUUUUGCUGGUUAUAAUAUGUACAAUGGCUGUGAAGGCUUUAGCAUAUACUACAACCUUUCCCGACACGAUGAUGAAUACAUAGGAGCAGACAAUCUUCCUACCAACUGUUCACUUAUCAGAUUGCCAAUUCAGGCAACUCAUGGUGAUUUGUUCGACGUGUUAGGUCCUGAAAUUCUAGUAGAAUGGAAGUUAUCUGACGAAUGUAACAAAUGUCAUUAUGGUGGAGGUCAAUGCCAGACUAAUAAAACCAACAAAUUUUCUUGUCACAAAGAUGCAAAAACACCUACAGGUAAUAUCGAUCAAAGAAAAGAAACAACCGAAAGAAAUGGAAGAAAUAUGGUGGGGCAGAUUCUGGGAACAGUCUUUGGCGGAGUAGGAUCGGUGAUGAUAACUUCUUCAGCUGUAUACUUUAUCUGGCGUUACAAGAAGAGGAGAUUUAGUUCAUCCCGCUUCUUCUCAACAAGGAAAUUAUCAGAUAUCUUUAACCAUGAUGUUGAGGGAGGCAGUAUAUACUUUGGUAUUCCAGUCUUCUCUUAUUCAGAACUUGAAGAGGCCACCGAUGAUUUCAGUUCCUCUAGAGUACUUGGAGAUGGAGGUUAUGGAACUGUUUACUAUGGAAAACUUAAAGAUGAACGGGAGAUUGCUGUAAAGCGCCUCUACGAGCACAACUGCAAGCGAAUGGAGCAGUUUGUAAAUGAAGUUGAUAUCCUUACUAGACUAAGGCACAACAAUCUUGUCACCCUCUAUGGAUGCACUUCAAGGCGAAGCCGUGAACUACUCCUUGUCUAUGAAUAUAUUCCCAAUGGCACUCUUGCUGAUCACCUUCAUGGUAACAGAGCGAAGGACGGAUCACUUACCUGGCCAAUCCGCAUGAACAUUGCCAUAGAAACUGCUGGUGCAUUGGCUUACCUGCAUGCUUCUGAUGUAAUACACUGUGAUGUCAAGACUAAUAACAUACUCCUUGACCACAACUUUAGUGUUAAAGUUGCAGAUUUUGGGAUUUCAAGGCUCUUUCCAAACGACGUCUCUCAUAUUUCAACCACACCCCGGGGUACCCCUGGCUAUAUUGAUCCAAAGUAUCAUGAAUGUUACCAGCUGACUAGUAAAAGCGAUGUCUAUAGCUUCGGGGUGGUCCUUGUUGAGCUCGUUUCAUCAAUGCCGGCUGUGGAUAUGAACAGACAUAGCCAAGAGAUCAAUUUGGCCAACUAUGCAAUAAACAAGAUUGUAAAAUCUUCUGUUAACAAGCUGAUUGAUCCAUCCCUGGGGUUCGAUUCAGAUACCAAAACUCGGGAAAUGACUACUUCAGUGGCAGAGCUGGCUUUUCUGUGCUUGCAGACAGAUAGGAACGUGAGGCCUACUAUGGUUGAAGUUUUGGAUACUCUAAAGGAGAUUCAGACUAAUCUCAAUGCCGAUGAAGCUAAAAUAGUAGUUGCUCCUUCUUUCCCUGAAUCAAAAGAUAUUUUUUUGUUGAAGAAAGUUAAAUCACUACCUUCUUCAAAUUCUGUGACUGAUAAAUGGACUACUUGCUCUGAUAGAACUUGUACACAGUAGUUGAGAUUUCUGUAAUCCGUUUCUUUGUCACUUUUAUGUAUAUUUUGGGAGACUGCAAAAUGUACUACUGUGAGAAGUUUCUUGAGCUAUGUACUAUGAGUGUAAGUGAUGCAAUUUUUAAUUUCUAUAAAAGUUUAAGUUGUAUACACUGCCAGUUUUAAGAAAUUUUUAAUCGAGAA